CACCUGUUGUUGCUGCACGCGGAGCGGCGGGCGAGGGCGAGUAAAGGACCAAAGGUCGUAGGCGCGUGCGUGAGAACGUGGGCAGCUCGAGCUCUACGGAAGCCUGCCAGUGAGAGGGUCGCGUGCAGCGCAACAGCCGACGGCGUGAGGGGAGCAGGGGCGGGCUCGAGCUGAGGGGCCGCUCCUGAGGCGGACAGGGGGGCUGGGCUGGGCUGGCGCGAGUGCCGGGGACAGACCAGUUCUGAGCGCCCCGCCCCACGCUGCGGAGCCGGGAUUCCCGUGCGGACGGGGCCAGUCACUGGUCGCAGCCGUGAGCAGGAGCCGCGCUGAGAAAUAGCCUGAGGUGAACAACCCCGCGCCAGAUGGAUUGAAGGCAUCAAGAUGUGAAAGGAUGACUUCAGUUGAGUUAUGUGAUUCUGACCCCGUCACACCUUGUCCUCCCCCAGACAGGAGAUAUGAUUUAUUGACAAAGGUCAUGUUGGAAGCCUGCUGUAUGGUUUUUCUUCUCCUUUUCUGCUAUCAAGUUGCCUCAGCAGAAAUUCACAGAGAAGGACAUUAUGUUGCUGCUGUGUAUGAACAUCGACCCAUACUGAGUCCUAACCCAGCAACCCUGACUGAUCGACGCUCUGCAUUAGAGUUGAUGAGCAGAAACCUAUAUAUAUAUGAAGAGCAAGUAAUAGCUGCGGCCAAACAGGGGGCACAGAUCAUUGUAUUUCCUGAAGAUGGAAUCCAUGGCUUCAACUUCACUAGAGAGACCAUUUACCCCUAUUUAGAGUUUGUUCCAUGUCCCCAGUCUGUGAAGUGGAAUCCAUGCAGAGAGCCACAUUUGUUCAGCGAUACAGAGGUUCUUCAGCGACUGAGCUGCAUGGCACUGAGGAGCAAAAUGUUCCUAGUGGCAAACAUGGGAGCUAAGCAGCCCUGUGAGUACAAUGAUCCUCUCUGCCCACCUGAUGGGAGAUACCACUUUAAUACUGAUGUGGUAUUCAACGCCAAUGGAACUCUGGUGGCCAGAUACCGCAAACAAAACCUGUAUUUUGAAUAUGCUUUCAAUACGCCUCCAGAGGUUGAUCAUGCGCUUUUUGAUACACCUUUUGCUGGCAAGUUUGGCAUGUUCACUUGCUUUGAUAUACUCUUCUAUGAGCCUGCAGUAAGCCUUAUCAAGAAAUACAAUGUGAAGCAGGUUGUGUAUCCAACUGCAUGGAUGAACCAGCUCCCACUCCUGUCUGCUGUAGAAUUUCAACAAGCUUUUGCAACUGCUUUUAAUAUCAAUGUUUUGGCAGCUAAUAUCCACCACCCUACAUUGGGUAUGACAGGUAGUGGCAUAUACACACCAUUAAAGUCUUUCAUCUACCAUGACAUGGAAAGUCGUGAUGGCAAACUUAUCGUAGCAGAGAUCUCCGUGAUGCCACCAGAGUAUGAACCCCAUCUGGAGAGCAAUGCAGGACCCGGGAAGGGCAUUGAAUACCCCCACAACAAUUUUGCAAGCCUUCCCAUAGAUGAUCAGGUUUGCAAUAAGGAACAAAAGGCCCACUGCUGGGUAGCAGAAAAGGAAGACAAAGAAGUCCCUCUGAUAUUUUACAGGGAGAUGAUGUAUGACAAUUUCACUCUGGUUCCUCUUUGGGGAACGAAAGGGGAGCUCCAGGUUUGUGCCAACACCCUCUGUUGUUAUUUAAGUUACCAGAGACCUACUAUAUCUGAUGAAUUGUAUGCUUUGGGUGUCUUUGAUGGGCUUCAUACAGUCCAUGGCACAUACUAUGUUCAGGUUUGUGCCUUAGUGAAGUGUGGUGGCCUCAGCUAUAGCACCUGUGGGCAGGAGGUCACAGAUGCCACUGCUUUGAUAGAUUUUCAGCUGGGGGGAAAUUUUAGUACUUCCUAUAUCUUUCCUCUACUGCUUAUGUCUGGUAUGAAGCUAGACUUCACUGAUCACUUGGGUUGGAAAAACAACUACUACUUCAUGAGCAAAAGUGGACCAUCCUCUGGUUUAGUGACAGCUGCUUUGUAUGGACGAUGGUAUGAGAGGGACUAAUGCAGAUUUGACCAGAAAUCAAGUGCCAAAAUUUUCAAGCUAGGCUCCUAAAAUAAAUGGCCUUUUCAGAGGUGCUGAACACCCGCACCGUUUAGGACUUCAAUUAUGUAUGCUUAGAACAUGACUAUUAUUAGUCCUCCAAGUUUGAACAUAUUGACCAAAGUGCCCAAGACUGUAAUGAACUCCCCCAGGAACUAAGAACCAUCAAAAAUCUCACCACCUUCUGCUCCAAGUGGAAGUCCCAUUUCUUUCACCUUGCCUUCUCUAACAAACAUAGCAGUUUGUGGGCAUGUAUGUGUAUUUUAUAUUACUUAUAAAUUCCAAAAUAAAACAGUCCAUCUACAUACAUACACAAAUCCCUGUGGGAGAGGACGUGACAGAUGUUAGUCAGGAUGCUUCAUAUACUACAGUGAUGAGCACAGCAUAGGAACUUAUAUAGAAGAGAACCAAAUCUAGAACAUUCCUUAGUAUAAUGGGAAAUAAACUCUGAUAUGCUAUACAAUGCGCCAUGCUAAAAGAAGUCUUCUUGUAUUUUCUCAAAUAUGUAGGGCUAUACUGACAUCAAUUUGGAAACAUUUGCCAAUUUUUCCAAACUUCUCUGGGAAUGUUCAUUACUUUAAAAAAAAAGAUUAAAUUUAGGAAUUAAACUAAACAUUAUUUCUGAAUAUCUCAAUCAGUUUUCAUCACCUUUAAGAGUGAGAAAAGCUACAUUUUGUGUGUCAAGCAACUACGAAUCCUGAGCAGUUUUAAAAUGUAAUAAAAUCAAAUUGAGGGAGGUAUCCCUGCUCAGCCCUGCCAAAUUUCCCAAGGUAACUGCACCUCUGACCCCUGCAUAGCCUCCUUGAGAGCACACCACUAUUAGGUUUCACGCCUCUAGCCAUCAUGUUUCUCAGAGCGGAACCCAGCAAUGCUCUUCCUCCUGACCAGGGACUCAGGCUGCAGCCUCUUGUAAUUCACUGUGAUUAGCUCAGUAAGUCUGACUAAUUCAGCACCUGCAGUCCUGUUCUCAUAGGGGCAAUGACAGGGUUAACCAGUGACCAGCCAACUUUCAUAAAACAGGCUUGUUUAUUCAAAACACAAGCACUAAGGAGAAAAAAACAAUAAGCAACUUAUAUGCAGGUGCAGCAAAUGAGGCAGUCCAUGAGGGUCUCCAUGUGGAAGAUGGAUAGGACUGAAGUAUUCCAGGCCCUUUCUACAAGGCCUGUCUCUCUUGGUCAGUUUCAUGUCAAUUCUUGGCUUGAAUGCCAGUUACUUAUCUCCUUAGGUCAGGGUGUUUAAUUUAUACUUUCUGAGAAGUCCUUUAUGUCCUUCAGCUUCUUGAAUCAGGCCAAGCCAGAGCAAGUGAUCUCCCCAGGGGAUGAAACUGCCAGAGACUUGUUACCUGCAUUAGGGACGUGCAUUAAUUACCCCUCAAUGGUUUUAGUCCCUGUCAGAAGAAUCAUUUAGCUCUCCCGCUGAGCCAGAAAUUCAAUAAUUAGCCAGACCAUAAAGAUACACUUAAAAUCAGUACAAAUCUUUGAAUAGUCUCAGUGUUCAUAGCUUGUCAAAUGCCCACAACAGGGACACUUGUUAAAACCAUCAUGAAGAUGUUGCCAUUCAGAGACUGAUGUUUCAGAUCCCUAGCAUAUCUUGUGUGUGUUUGUUUAAACUGUUCAUAGAUCUAAAACCUAACUUCACUCUCAGACUUCACUCUGUCAUGUUUGUUCAGGAAUAAAUAAGAGCUUUGCCUGUCUCCAGCACCUGACCAGUAAGGGAAAUUCACUUAGUUGUCCUUAUUGGCUUGAAUCUUGAGAUAAUUAGGAAAUCUUGUUUAAUUCAAUUCAUUCUCAAUUGCCUAGAGAAUAAAACUCCACACACUUCACCAUUUGAGAGCCAACUUGUGAAUUUUUUUUUAUUUCUCUUGCCUAAAUCUGCACAGCAGCUCAUUUGGUACUUCCAUGCAAGCUUUAAUGGAGAAAAAUGGUGAGAAUGUAAGAUGGCGACUCUUUUUUAAAAGACUAUUUAAUGACACUGCAUUGCUACUAAUAUAGCCGGAAGCACCUAUGAGACUGCAUAUUGUUAAGACUACAGUCUUUAUAAUGACAUACCCAAGUGCUUCAAGGAUUUCUCUCUCAGCCAGGGUUUGAAAUUGCUAAGCCUAGACUGUCAGCAGCUCCCUUCUGCAUCACAUAAAAUGAACCAGAAUACACAAAGCUUGAACUACUUCGGUUUAGUCGCUGUCAGACCCAGAAUGCUAGGAGAUUGUUUUGAGAGUCUGCACUCUCGUCUCAAAGUAGUUAAUUCAUAUCUUCAUGAAGGUACAGUCUUUAUCUUCUCUCUCACGUCACAGUAAUAUUUUAAAGGUCAGUUCUGAAGCCAAAAAAUACCUCAGUGGAAGGAUUUUUGUCCUUUACUGCUCCUGUUACAUACAGAAAGGGAGCCUCAAAUUUGCUUUCUAAAUCAUCAGCAGCAACAUCCGGCCGUUACAUAAACUGCAGAGGGACGGGAUGCUCUUUCCUAGACUGAAAUUUUAGACUAGGAUUUUCAUCAUCCUCUCCCCCUCAGGCAUAGAGAGAGCCGUAGUUCAGAUGACCAGCAUGGGUGUUGUUACUAUUCAGUUCCCCCAGCCGAAGGAGAGAACCUGAUACUACCCCAAGCAAUGGAAAAAAACAUUUGGUCCCAUAGUAGAGAGUUCAAGAUUAGGAAAGCCCAGCUCAUCAUCAUAUUAUUAUUUACAGAGUUAAAUUUAGAAUAAUUAUUUCAAAUAAAUAUACAGUAUCUUGUAUUUAAAUGUUUGAAAGUUGGUUACUCUUACAGUUAAAAGAUCUGCUGUCAAUUUCUUUAAUAAAUUGGCUUUACAUUUUU